UGGAGCAAGUCAACGGUCAAAUAUUACGCUUCCCCUGAUUAAGCUUCAUUUCCCAGCUCAAUUUUUAUCACCACACUUUUCUCCUAAUUCCCAAUAAAUCAUUUCAGAAAAAAAAUUAGUAAAAUCUCAUCGGCGAUUAUGGAGUUCGAAUCGGAUCACUCCGACGGGUUCGAUCGCAUACCCGACCCGCUUAUCUACCUCAUCUUCAACCAAAUCUCCGAUAUCAAAACCCUAAUCCGUUGCCGGUCCGUUUCCAAACGGUUCAACUCUUUGGUUCCUCAAGCCGAUUCGCUUCUUCUUCGGGUAGACCGGGUCAUUUCUGUUACAGAUUCCGACGACGACGAUGAUUCUUUUCUCUUCGCGUUCCUUAGAUCGAUUAUCAAAUCUCUUCAUCAUCUCGUUUCGCCGAGUAAGCCGGUUCCUAACCCGACCCGAUCUCAGAACUCACCCGCCCAGAUUUUGAAGGAGUUUGAGAGGAUUAGGGAUCUUCAAAUUGAGCUGCCGUCUGGUGAUUUACGGUUAGAGAAAGGUACGACAAUUAGGUGGAAGGCGGAGUUUGGGAAAACCCUGAAGAGUUGCGUGAUUUUAGGGUUUCGUAGUGGAGAUGGAGGAAAUGCAGAGGCGGAGUUAGGCGGAGGAGGAGGUGGAGCUGGGGGAGGUUUGAAAAUGAGGGUAGUUUGGACAAUUAGCGCGUUGAUUGCGGCGUCAGCGAGGCAUUACAUGAUGGUUGAAGUUGUAAACGAGCACAAAGAGCUGGAGAGUUUGUUGAUCAAGGAUAGAGAAGAUGAAGGGAAAGUUGUAAUGGAUAAGAAAGGAUUGAGAGAAUGUAGGGAAAAUGAAGGUGAAGAAGGUGAGGUGAACAAUGCUAGUAGUGGUAAUGGAGUUGGUUUAUGGUGGCGGAGUAAUCGUACAACAGUGCCAGCAGUUCGAAUGAGGAUGAGGCACGAAGCGAGGAUGGAACUCUCCAAUGGCACGAAGAUGUUUGGUGCAACAUUGGUUGUUGUCCGACCGAUUAGUAGUGGAGUUGACAUCAGGAGUGAAGUGGAGGAACAAAAUGGAGAUGUAGGAUUAGCGUUAGGAGCAUUUGGGGAUGAUGCGGUGUAUUGUGAAGCUGUUGAGAGGUUGCUCAAGAAUCGAAGUUAUAUUCUCGAGAUGAACUCUUUCUAGUUCGCCACUGUAUCUGUAAGAUCUUCCUCUCAAGUGAGUAGGAUGUAUCAUUUGUAAAUAUUUAUCUCUAUUGCUAUUUGUACCGUAAUAUGCAAUUUGUACGAGUAUUGUUAAGACAUGGCAUUGCGUGUGAAAGAAAGAAGUGUGUAUUGCUUCUAUCAAUGCCAUGAUCGACAACUAAACUUUGAGGUUUUAGGUAUUGGAGCAGUUAGAAUUGAGCUGAAACUUUGGAUGAGGAUUACUUGCUCUCAUCGUGCCAUUGAGCUAUCGUUGUCCUUUUCUUGUUUGCAAUUGUAGACUAAUCUUACAGGAACUGUCAAAUUUUAUUUUGUAGCAUGUCAUGUUAAGAUGAACUAUCAGAUUGAGAAUGUUUUUUGGGUGUA